ACUUAUUGACGACAAUUGUAAUUUCUCAAAUAUACACAUUAUGAUGAACCAAGUUGGCCAACAAUACAGCACUUACGGGAAUCCGCUAAGGAACCUGGUUAAGCGACCCCAUAAAUCUGACAAGUCAACUCCGAGACCAGCAGAUCUCACCAAUGUAUUGAGCAUACAUAGUGUGAGUAGUGGAGACUGCUCCUUCGAUUCCUUUGAUUCGCUCGCUCACUCAAGGAUAAAAAUUCCCAGAUCACAGACACGCAGGCCGUCCGUGCAUACUCAUGGUCCGGAGGUAGAUCCCAAGGUGCUAAUUGACACACUAACGUUCUACCCUGGCUAUAGAGGAUACGUCGCGGGCAUUGUGAAGAGCAAAAAAGCAGCCGGGGGCUACUUUGUCAAGAUGCAGCGCCGUACAGCCAUUCUUGUAAGUGCGGACGAGUAUGGAGUGGUUAUUCUGUCAAAUGAUGACGCAAGUUUGCAAUGUAGGAUAAAUUGGCCCGAGCUGGCUGAUAUAGAUCAUGUGCACACAGAUGGGACAUCCACGCCAUUGCGCAAACGGAAGCGCAACAACUAUAUAGCACUACGGUUGAAGGAUGGUUCGGUAUACGUUAUUAAUUCGCUGCAAACGCCGGAACUACACAUGCUAAUAAUGGACACUUAUUCCAAUAAGGUUAUAAUGUAGGGGUUAAGAAGUAUAAAUAAAAAAUAAAAU